GCUGCGUGAUGUGAUGCUAUUUGAUUUCUGAACGAUGGACAAUAAACAAAAAGGUUGAAUAUUCCUUUAAGUGACUUGGAUAAGAUAAUUGUCAAGAAUACAAAAGUUGCCAUGCAUUCUUUUGCAAUGCUUCUAACCUGAAAAUAAACUUUCAAAGACUAUACAUUCAAACGACGAAGAGCUCGGGAAGCGAUAGUGACAUACACAAGUGAGAUCCUGUCAUGUAAUAAUGCCAUCUCAUUGGAGUAGAUUCGUCUAGAUGAAAAGUUUUGAUGAAGGAGAUAAAAAAUAUAUAUACAAUAAGCGUUUUGUUUUUAGAUCUAAAAAUUGUAUCAUAUAAACAAUUAUUCUGGAAAUUGUAUCUAGGAAAACUGUACAAAGUAAUGAUAACGGAAUGUCAUUGAGGCAUGGUAAUGUAAUGUUAUAACACCUCGGUUAUUAUAGCGGAUUUUUUGUUAAAUAGUUUUGCAUGCAGAUCUAUUCACGAGUUGAUACGAGAUACUUUUUCAUGUGAAAUCGCCCAAGUAUCGUGUAAUUUAGAUUGGAUUUAUUAAACUUGACAUUUCAAGGAAAAUACUAAUUUGUUUCAAUGUGUUGAAGACGAGAGUGUAUAAUUAAGACAUUUAUUCUUGAUUUUGAUACUUGGAACGGCUCUAGUGAAAGUAAAAGUGACCACCUAGAGUAUAGAAAUAAACAUUUGAUUUUGAUAUAAUUUUGAAAUUAGCAAUGGAAUUGUAUUACCUUCUGGUUCAGCGAUCUCUAUGGACAGUUCAACUCCUUAUAACGUUUCUAAUUACUUCGGAAGGUAGGCAUUACAGAAGAUAUGUCUAUAGACCAACAGCACCAGAAAUACUUCCAGAUGCAACAAAUAUUACCGUCCAUAGUAAUGAAAAAGUCAUUUUGAAAUGUACAGUCAGAAACAGAAGGACAAAAGAUGUUCAAUGGCGUCUUGUACGUAAAAGCUGGCCAUUAACUAUUGGUACAGAAGCAUGGACAACUGAUAAAGAUAUCAGCGUUCUUUAUAGUGUAAUUAAUAAAACAGACGAAAGUUGGGACUUGGUAAUCAAACGAGCUAAACCAAGACACACAAAUACAUAUGAAUGUCAAAUAUCAUCGACUAAAAGUAAUAGAAGAUAUGUAUAUCUUAGAGUUCUAGCACAACCUAAAGACAAAAGACCAGGUAUACGUUUAACAGGGACAGCCUAUUUAGAUCUUCACCAGAAGAUUAACUUAACGUGUAAUGCUACUGGGUUGUUUCGUGCUCCAGACGAUAUUGACUGGUUUCACGAUGGCAAUAUCAUUGACCAAAAAGAUAAACAAUGGGGCGGAAGGUUAAAAAUUUACAAACGAAUACAAGACGUUCCUGGAAGGAUGUUGAUUAGUGAACUUAUUAUUGAAAGAAGCACAUUAGAUGACCGAGGGAUGUAUGUUUGUCGAAGUUCUGAAAAUGAAGCUUCAAGUUUUCCAGUGAGCAUUUUAGAUACAGGAAAAACAACUCGAUAUAAUGACUUGUACUACAGAGAUGGGGUACCGAACAAAACAAAAAGAUAUGGCACAGAAAAGGUUUCUGAAAACAAAUCAGACGACAAAAAUUCAAACAGUGCAGCAUUUAAUUCUAUACAUGUUGUUUUAAUUACAUGUAUUUGUGUGUUUGUUUCGUGUAAUAGCUGACAGAAGUAGAGACAGACAUAAUAGAUUCAUUAACAAACCUAUGUGCCUUUUCUCUAGUGGUGUUUGUGCUCAGGACAAUGAAGGCCGAGAGGACAUUAAAGGCUGAGUUAUAGAUUCGGUGGUAUGUAAUAAGAUAAAUGCAUUACAGAAAGGCUUUAAGUUGAGAUGAUGUGAUAGCGCUCUGGACGAUGAUUAAAUUACUCAAAUGCAGGAUCCAAUAUAUGAUGGAUGAGACGCGACAUUGAUGUGCCAUAAAAACUAGACUUCAACACUAUUUGUAUUCAUACAGCAAUUAAUGCAAAUGUUUAAGACAAAUAAUCAAGAAUUUGGCAAUGCAUUGAAAUAAUUUGUAUUUGUCUGUCGAGACAGUAAUAGAUAUUAUCUUUUGAUCUGAUAUAUACGAAUAAAAAAGACUAACGUAUUGUCAGAAUGAUUUAAAUGUAGUUGAAAACAAAUUCAAACUGAUUAUUAUGUAGAUAGCCCUGUAUAUGAUUUGUCUAUAUCAUUGUGAAUCUUUGUCGAUGGAAUUGUGAAAUCCCUUACAAUUGCCAGAAGUUGUCAACGGAAAUAAAAAUAUCGGUAUAUGAAAUUCUGUUUUCUCUCUGAAUUUUUUUUUUUUUUUU